AUGGCUGUGCUGGCCUUUUCAGGAAGCCAGACUUACCCUCAGUGCACCAAUUUCUUUAAGGGAUGCCAUUAUACCGCAACAUCGAACACCUGUGGCGCCAAGCAGAGUUGCGGCCUUAACGGCUGUGGCGGCGUCUUUAAUCUCGAUAACGGCAAGGCGUAUUGCUCGCAGAACUUUAUCGGCUGUGAAUGCCAGUCAAAUCCUGGAACCUGCGGUCAACCGCAGAGCUGCGAUAAGAACAACUGCGCUGGUGCCUUCCAGGGCAACACACCAACGCCAGUAUGCACCGACUUCUUCCAGGGCUGCCAGUGUGUAGCAACAUCCAAUACCUGCGGCGCGAAGCAGAGCUGCGAUCUCAACGGGUGCGCCGGUGGUUACGACUCCAGUGGCGUGGCUAGGUGUCAGGGCAAAUUCCAGGGAUGCGCAUGCAAUCCCACAUCGAACACCUGCGGAACUGCACAGAACUGCGACCUCAACGGCUGCAAGGGCUCCUUUGACAGUAAUUCGAACACGGCACGGUGCCGAGGAAACUUUACGGGCUGUGUGUGCAAGCCCGUACCGGUAAGUCGUAGUCUAAACUUCAUCAUCAACUCAUCAUCACGGACGGACAUCCACCUGCGGCACCAAAAGAGCUGUUCCAUCAACGGUUGCAAUGGCGGCUUCGAUUCUUCAGGAAACAUAGUCUGCAAGGGCAACUUCUACGGCUGUCCUUGUAUUCCGGAUCCCAUCUGGCUCCCGGCACCCACAACCUUCCCCAAUGAUCCCGACCCGCCGGCUUCAACUUUGCCCCCGCUGGUCCAGCCUUGGUACUGUCUCGGUGUCCAAGAGCAGGAUUACUCCAAUGCAGAGCACGACACACCAUCAUACUGGCUGGCGGCAAGGAACAGGAACACCGGACACACUGACAACGGGUAUGGAACAGGCACAGGAUACAGCGCUAGGGAUCUCUGCAGGAAAACUCUCGGAGGCGCCACCGUCAUACGCAAUGGCGACCCCAUGACUCAAUGUUCCGGUUAUGGCAUCGCAUUGUGGAAUUCCAGGAGUUGCCGAACUCACUGCGCCAGUUUGGGCGAUAAGGAGAAGUGUUUCGAGCCCGGCACUGACGGUAUACAGUACAAUAGUAUAUCUGCGGACCUGAUAUGUGAUAGAGCUCUUCCUUGA